UUGACACCCCUUUCACUCUCUUCCCUUUCAGUACCAACUUUCAGCCUUUCUGAAAAGAACAGAUCAGUAGUCGGUGACACUCAAAAGUAGCAGCUCACUCCAAAAGUAGUGGAUUCCAUGGCUUCAAGAUCCCGAUAAUAAGAAAUCAGAAUUGCUUCUCCUUUAUCAUUCAUUAUCAAGACUUCGAAGUGUAUUGCUUGAACAUAAUUGAGUUAUUGGGACUCAAUUCUGUUGUCCUUGAGCUUCUUCUGAGCUCUGAGAGAGAGAGAGAGAGAGUCCGUGGAGAUGGCUGGUGGGUCUUUUGCUCCAGCCGGAGUGACUAAGGAGAGAGCUCAACAGUACCAGGGAAGGGUAACCUCGUUUGUGGUCGUUGCUUGCAUUAUUGCUGCCAUUGGUGGUUCCAUAUUCGGCUACGAUAUCGGAAUUUCAGGUGGAGUCACAUCCAUGGAUGACUUCCUCCAUAAAUUCUUCCCAGCCAUCCUCUACAGGAAGAGACACACAAAAGAGAGCAACUACUGCAAAUAUAACAACCACGGCCUCGCUGCAUUUACAUCUUCUCUUUAUCUUGCUGGUCUGGUUGCAUCUCUUGCUGCUUCUCCUGUGACCAGGAAGUUCGGACGCCGUUUAAGUAUAAUUGUUGGUGGAAUUAGCUUCCUCAUUGGAGCCACCCUGAAUGCUGCUGCAGCAAACCUCACAAUGCUGCUAUUUGGUCGAAUCAUGCUCGGUGUUGGCAUUGGCUUUGGAAAUCAGGCAGUUCCACUGUAUUUGUCAGAGAUGGCUCCAGCCCAUCUCCGAGGAGGGCUUAACAUGAUGUUCCAGUUGGCAACAACUCUUGGAAUCUUCACAGCAAACAUGAUCAACUAUGGAACAGAGAAGAUCAGACCAUGGGGAUGGAGGCUCUCCCUGGGCCUAGCUGCAGUCCCUGCACUACUGAUGACUGUUGGAGGAGUCCUUCUUCCAGAGACACCCAACAGCCUAAUUGAACGUGGGUUGGAAAUCAAAGGAAGAGAAGUUCUGGAGAAGGUCAGAGGGACUUGUAAUGUUACAGCAGAGUUCCAAGACAUGAUUGAUGCAAGCGAGUUGGCAAACUCAAUCAAACAUCCCUUUAGAAACAUUCUGGAGAAGAGGAACAGACCACAAUUGGUGAUGGCAAUCUUCAUGCCAACCUUCCAGAUUCUAACAGGCAUAAAUUCAAUUCUCUUUUAUGCCCCAGUCCUGUUCCAGAGUAUGGGGUUUGGUGGGAAUGCUUCUCUGUAUUCCUCAGUUGUGACUGGAGCAGUUCUUGCUUUAUCCACACUUAUUUCUAUUGCAACUGUUGAUAGAUGGGGUCGGAGAGUUCUACUAAUCAGUGGUGGGAUACAAAUGGUUGUAUGCCAGAUAACAGUUUCCAUAAUUUUGGGCCUCAAAUUCAAGGACAUGAAUGAUCUCUCAAAGGGCUACUCAAUAUUGGUGGUGGUUGUGAUCUGCCUCUUUGUUAUGGCUUUUGGAUGGUCAUGGGGCCCACUUGGUUGGACUGUGCCAAGCGAGAUAUUCCCUUUAGAAACCCGAUCAACAGGACAGAGCAUCACUGUAGCUGUCAACCUUUUCUUCACUUUCAUAAUUGCCCAGUCUUUCCUUUUCCUCCUUUGUUCUUUCAAGUUUGGAAUCUUUCUCUUCUUUGCUGGAUGGAUUACCAUCAUGACCAUCUUUGUCUAUGCUUUUCUGCCUGAGACAAAAGGUAUCCCUAUUGAAGAGAUGACACUGCUGUGGAGAAAGCAUUGGUUCUGGAAGAGAAUAAUGCCUGAAGAGGAUGAGAGCAGUAGGCAAACCAAUUUAACUGACAUGGGAAAAUCAGCAGCUGUUGUUUCAGAGCCAGAUUGUUGACUAAAACAGUAAGCUUCAAGAAGAUGAUGAAGGAUUUGAAACUUGUGAAUAGAAUUUAAGUAAGCUGAAUUUUUUCAAAUGGGGUUUUGAUGAAACAUGCAAGAACACUCACCCGAAGAUCAGAAGUUCAUGGGUUACUUUAGGCUCUAGUAGAGGAUCCAUGGUUUGUCCUACUUUGGAUUGAGUGAUGCAAUACUAUGUAAAAAUCACAUGUUGGAGGAUUUGAGUUGUUGCUAAGAAAAACAAAUUGAUAAAUAUUAAGAAUAAUUGGGUGAGAUCUCUUUGUUUGAAACUGUAUUGAAAAGCAUGGGAACACAAAUGAGAAGAUAGCAAAUUCUUAUUCA